GAGAGAGAGAUAGUGACCAUAGCCACCACAUUGCUUCCCUCUUCUCAGACACAGUUGCUCUGAGCAGGAACCGGUUGGUUUGUGCUAUCCGCGCAAAGAAAUCCUAAAGAAAUGAGAGGACAGCAACAAAACGGAGUAGUUUGAAAAUCUGCUUCACAACCUGGGGUUUUUGUUUUGCAUUCUUGCAGCUUUCAGGCUCAUCUUCCUCCGCUUCGUCCUGUUGCUUUGCAAGCUCUCAUUGUAGGAGGACUGGUCUCCCUUUUGUGUUGCUCUGCGGUUGUUUAUUCAACUUCUUCUGCCUCCCUAAUUCGGCAUACAGGAGGUGGUUUAUUUCAGCUUUUCAUUGUGUCGUACUAAACGGAAUGAAUGACAAAAACAAAGGAGGUUGAUGUCCAUAACUCUCCGACUCACCUCUCCUUCGCCUCGCCAAAGGAACGGAGACUUCAUCUCCGGCAGAAGAUGGAAAGCGGAGGCGGGACGGAGAGCUCGGACGGCGGCCAGGAGCAGCACUCGGUGCCCGGUCAGCCGCAGCAGCACCCCGGGGCUGAAACGGCGGCACAGCCCGCUCACAAGAAGAAGAUAAACCGGGCACCGUCUCCGGCGAGACCGAAGGACGUGUCCGGUUGGUCGCUCACAAAGAUCCGCGGAGGGAUCGGGAGCACGACCCUGAGCGUCAAGCCCGGAGCUAUCCAUCUGGGCAGCCGCAUUUCCAGGCGCAGCCCUGUGGGCAGCCUCGCUGGAAAGGACGGUAAAGCCGAGAGGGGCGGCGGUAAAACAGUGGGAAAAUCUUCGCUGCUGUCUAAGACUUCGGCGUCCAAAGCGGCAAAAAGCAACAGCGGCCGGAGGAAGGUGUCGGACGCCAGCACAGCGUCCGACGACCUAUCCAAAGACUCUGGUUGCGCCGCGGGGAAGCUCUCCCCGACAGACAGUAGCUCCGAGCUUUCGGACUGCGCCUCCGAGGAAAACAAACUCUCAGCGGAUGCUGGGAGCAGCGACACCGAGUCGAGGAGCAGCCGCGGCGCAGAAGGAGAGAAGCCGCUCGGGAGCAGAGUUGGUCAGCGAGCAGCCGCCAAGAACACCUGCUUCACCGCGGAGAAAGAUGAAAAGGAUCGGCUCUCUCUGAGCGUGGAGACCGGGGAGGAUAGCAUUUCCCCGGGCGAGGAGCGGUCGGCCACCUCGUUUGACAGCAGGGUGCCUGCCAGCACAUCCCUGGCGUUCUCAGACCUCACGGAGGAGUUUACCGACGGCAUGCAUGAGGAGUACCUCAGGGAAAUAGAAGAGCUGAGAUCUGAAAAUGAUUACCUCAAAGAUGAGAUGGAGGAGCUGAGGUCUGAGAUGCUGGAAAUGAGGGACAUGUACAUGGAGGACGAUGUUUACCAGCUGCAGGAACUGCGCCAACAACUGGAGCAGGCAAACAAAACCUGCCGCAUCCUGCAGUACCGACUGAGAAAGGCAGAGCGGCGCUCUCUGCGCGUAGCCCAAACGGGCCAGGUGGAUGGAGAACUGAUAAGGACGUUGGAGCAAGACGUAAAAGUGGCGAAGGAUGUCUCCAUCCGAAUCCAUAGCCAGCUGGACAGUUUGGAGAGGAAGAGGAGUCGGCUGGAGCAGGAGAACGAAGAGCUCCGAGGCCGACUGCAGGACCUGGAGGUCGCCAAACAAGUCCUGCAGCAGGAGCUGGACAAGAACUCCCAGAAGAAAAGAGGAGCACGGUCCAGCAACAAACCGGACAAGAAGCCUGCUCCACAGGAAGACAACUCAGACCUGAAGUGUCAGCUCCACUUUGCCAAAGAGGAGUCGGCCCUGAUGUGCAAGAAGCUGACCAAGUUGGUGAAGGACAGCGAGGCCAUGAAGGAAGAGCUGGCCAAGUACAGGUCUCUAUACGGAGACGUCAACAGCUCGCUCACCGUGGAGGAGGUUGCAGACUCUCCACACACUCGGGAAGCAGAGGUCAGAGUUCACCUGAAGCUAGUAGAGGAGGAGGCCAACCUGCUGAGUCGACGCAUCGUGGAGCUGGAGGUGGAGAACAGGGGACUCCGAGCUGAAAUGGACGAAAUGAAGGGCUCACAAGACGGCCACCAAGAACUUUCUAGCGCUGGUCUGGGGGCCGGGCUGGGGGGCGCCGUGGUGCUUGGCGGAGGGGCCUCGUCUGAAAACGUCAUGGAGCUCCAGAGGCACCUGCAGUUUGUGGAGGAGGAGGCCGAGCUGCUGAGGAGGUCUCUGAUCGAGAUGGAGGAGCAAAACAAACUGCUGAUGAAUGAGAUCAACCGCUACAAAUCCGAACUCCCGCUGGCGACGUCCGCGCUCUCCGCCGAGUCGCUGAUGUCUCUGACGGACGGGCUGCUGAACGACAGCCGCUCGGUCCAGGACGGGGCCGUGCUCAUCAGCACCGACACGCCGGCCCCUGAGGAGGAGCUGAGGCUGGCGAGGCUCCAGGUGGGAGAGCUGAGCGGGAAAGUGAAGAAACUGCAGUACGAGAACCGUGUGCUGCUGUCCAACCUGCAGCGCUGCGAUCUCGCCUCGUAUCACGCUCCGUCUUCCUCGUCCUCCUCCUCCUCGUUGAGGCUGGCUUUGGAGACGGAUGCAGAAGCAGGAGACUCAGCUGAGUGCCUCCCUCUCAGCCCACCUCAUCGCAAAGAGCCAGUAGGUGGUGAGAACGACGCUAUGGAGAUGGAGGAACAGAAAAAGAAGAUGGAGGACAACGCUGAGGCAACGACUCCUCUCUCUGGGUGCCUGGGGCAGAAGGACCGUGAUGCCUUGUUGGCCCUGAGGGACCAGGCUCGUUUGGUUUCCACUGCCAUACAUCUGCUGACCUCCCCCGAGUCCAACUGCCUGUCCUCCUCCUCCUCCUCUCCUUCGCUGUAUCACAAGGUCUGCAGCAAUGAGGCAGCAGAGCCGUGUGACCUGGAGAAACCUCAACCUCACUGCCAGAUCUCUGAGCUUUCCGAUUUGGCGGACCGUCCUCUGGUUGGUGCUCUGACCAGCAGGCUUCAGGCCUUGCACACCCAGCUGCAGGCCUUUGUAGAGCAGGUGGAUGGCUUGGGUAAACCUCCAUCUGGGGCGAGAGACGCUCAGGUGGAAGGGGCGUCCCCUCCAGCGUCACCCUGCGCUUCCAUCCCCUGCUCCGGAGACGGCCAGGAUCAAGAAAACAAAGUCGAGCACAAGCAGCCUGAUUAUAGGGACCAAUCAGAUCCAGAUGAGAAAGAUGACACCUACCAGAGCAGCCAAUCCUUCAGCAACGACACGCAAAAUCGGGCAGCUGGACAAAUGGAGCAGGAGAAGGAGACGGAUCGUUCCACGAUGAACAGCCUGAAGGAUUUGUACCUGCUGCUGGAGGAGGAGAGCCAGGCAGAUAAGAGAGCCUCUGCAGACGAACAGCCUCUCAGCCCGACUAUAAAGUCAAGUGCUGUGAGCAGCACUUUGGCAGACCUAAAGGUUGCUCUGCAGGACCUGAGUGCAGAGUUGAGACAAGAGAGACAAGGCUCCCAGGAGCUGACUCAGCAGUUCGCAAAGGCCAAAGCAUCAUGGGAGGUGGAGAGAACCGAACUAAAGAGCCUCAUCACGCAGUUUGAGACCAAACUUGGGAAAACCACAGCAGCUCUGUCCUCCGCUGAAACCCUGGACCCUCUUGACCUGAAGGUGGCUCUAAAAAAGGAACGUGAGGAGCACCAGCACCUCCUCGCUGAGUCGUAUGCAGCCGUGAUGGACUUAACCAAACAGCUUCAGAUCGGAGAGAGGAACUGGAGCAGAGAGAAGCUGGAGCUGCUGGAGAGGUUCAGCCAGGAGAGAACGCAGUGGGAACAGAGGCUGAGAGACGCUGCCACACAACAGGAGAAGGUGCGAAGGUCGAAGCCGCCGGGAGACGAACCCACCGUGGACACGGGUGUUGUAAAUGGACCAGCAUCGCCGAGGGUCAAAUCUACACUGGAGGACUCAGAGGGAAACAGAUUUUCCUGUGUGAAGGACAAAGCACAUUUUGGUUCAAUGCCGCUUUUUACUGGAGGCGAGUUUGGAGAUAUAACCGUGAAGAACUGGACCAGCAUAACCAACGAGACCCCAGAGAUGGCUGACACUUGUAAAACCUGGGAUGGUCCAAGCGUUUCUUCUAGCAGCUCCGCAGCCACCCAGAUGGACUUGGACUUUGUGCAGAGGAGCUGCACUGCUCCGGACCGGACCGGCAUUCGUAUCUACUACAGCCCUCCUGCUGUGAGGCGUAUGGAGCACCGGAGAAGAUACCAGGAGCCUCUAGAUCCCGAUCAAUACAGCGUUGGGGGCUCCUCUCUGAAACAGAAUGACACGGAUGGUGGCGUGGCUUCACCAAUCGAUGCUCAGCACCAACAACCCGCCUCAUCGUUUACCUCUUCCUAUGAGCAGUGGCUCAGCUCGCUGUCCAGCCAGCACCGGGAGCUGCUGGAGAGCAGAGGCAGCAGCAUUUCCACGUCGAUGCCGAGCGUUUUCAGCAGCAGUGUCAGCAGCGGGGCGGCUAACAGGGUGGUGGACGGGAUGACGUCCGGUUCUCCCUUCCAUGACCUGGAGAUCGGAGACAUCUCUGCCAACUUAAGUGACGACAUGAAGGAAAUGACUAACUGUGUCCGGCAAGCUAUUCGCUCUUCUUCUCUGGAGAGGAAAUCCAGCAAGGAGCUUGGGAGUCAGCCCAUCGGAGUAUCCAACAAGUCCACCCAGACUGUAGCUCAGGGUGUCAGCAUCGGGCUGCAGACAGAGACCGGCAGGGCGACGGGGCUGCACUCCAAAUCCUGGUCGCCUCGGCCAACUCCAACUACCACUUCCUCACUGGCAUCCGCCCGAACUCGGCAGAUUUCUACAUCUCUGGAUAAAGUGCACAGCCGCAUAGAGAGGCCAUGCUGUUCGCCCAAGUAUGGAUCGCCUAAGCUGCAGCGGAGAGUGUCUUCUGGUUCCACUUCCAGACUGGACGGCGCUUCCUCCAGCAAGGAGCGCAGCAUGUGGAGCCUACAUCAGAGGCCCAUCGGUGGGAGUGGCGGCUCUGCCUGGGCUCGCUCCACUACGACGAGGGACAGCCCCGUCCUGAACGGCCUCACCGACGGCCUCUCCAGCCUUUUCAGCGUAGUGGAGCACUCCGGAAGCACAGAGUUGCUUUGGAGGAGUGAAAUCGGUGAGAUGCAUAAUCUAGGGUCAAGCCAGACGGCCAGCCCGGCUCGGCAGCCUCACGCUGCCGGCAAACCCUCCGUUGCUGCUGUUUGCGGCUCCGACUCCAACUCUCAGCGGUAUGGGGGGCUGGUGCAGGAGUUCCUCAGGAAUGUGUGCAGCAGCCGCAGCCCAGCUGGAGCCCCCCUGUCUGUGGAGAGAGUGCAGAGAGACUCCCUCACUGCCCUCGGAGGCUUGGGUGUCUUGGGUGGCUUGAACAGCGUGGACGAAACCCAACUCGGGGGGGCUGCUGCGCUGGCUGGACUGAGUGGAGGCAACGACAGCGUGACCAGGAUUGUUAAUAAGCGGUUUAUGAGGCAGACAGCUGGGGAGGAGAUGAUCAGCAUCAUGGGAGGAGGGAAGGAAGCAGCGAGCAACAGCGUGGCUGCAGGACCGGGAACCGAGGAUGCACCUUGCGAUUGUGCUACCCAGUCCUCCUGCUUUGUCCGAUCGUCUAAAGCAGCUGCUCGCCACUGCAAGCACCGCCCACAGGAGACUCCAGCAGGAGCCGAGGAGAAAGGAGACGCCUGUAACGAGUGACGAGCCUCCCACUGCCCCAGCGAAGACGCACACGGAGGAAAUUCACUUCUUUCAAAACACGACUGCCUUGGAAACGCUUUCCCACACCUCCCAGAGCACCAAAUGCACACAAACACCUAGAACCUGCAAACACAGGCCCACUGCCAAACAUAACAUUGCGUCAGCACACAGAGGAAACUGCCCCUACCCCCCCACCCACAAAGCUACUGCCACCUUCUCUCAAUCAGAACCCCGGAGACGCCACUCCGGUUUCUAGACGUGCAACCGAUGCCAAGGACUCUGCCAGCAUCCCAAACCUACCAGCAGGACGGAAACCAGAACUGCCGUCUAACACUACAGAUACCAAUCAACAGGUUAAAUAAUGAUGAUGUCAGGACUCAAAACACAACCUCCAACUAACGGAAUAAGAGGUACUACAAUCAGUCUGCUAAUAUUACACAUUCACAGCCACACGCUAUAAUGUUACCAUUAUCACACUGUUUAAUGAGCAGAUAUUUUAAAUAUUAUGUGUAACUUUGGGGGGUAUGAAACAAAAACAUUUUUUUACUACUUUUUUGUUGUUGUUUUUUUUCUUAUACAUUCUGGCUGGUCUGAUACGGCCAGUCUGCAAAUCAUGGAAACAGUGAAAUGUUUCCAUGAUUUCACAGUGUUGGACCUGUACUUAAAACGUCACGCAGUGUCGGAUUGCUUUGCACAAUUGACCUCACAGAUCAAAAAAAAAAAUAGCCACAUCUUAAUGACACAUAGCAGAGUGGCACACUACAUGUCUUAUUAGUAUAGGAAGACGUUGCAAACUACUGGGCUGUGUGUCGUUCCAGGAUGACCAGAUUUGUACUAAAUUGAAGAAUGCAGGUACCUAAUGGCUCGAAAAAUGAAAUCAUGAAAAUGAUUAUAGAGAUUGUGUUUAACCAGUGUUCCUGGAGAGCAAAUGCAUCUUAUGGCUAAGUUUUCUAGUGCCGUCUGCCCUCUGUCUUAUUGAACAAUGGGAACAAAUACAGACAAAAUGGGUGAUAUGAAAGCCAUGACUUUGACCUUCGAUGAUAGAAAUUAUGUCUUUAUUUUUAAGCACAUGGCCAGAGAAAGAAUUGUAUUGAUGUUAUCCUUAAACAUUGGAGCACCAAUCUGGUACACUCAUGUACAUAUCUGCUGUGCGCCAUCUUGAAAUGGCUUCUGUUGUGACACACUUUGGAGAUCAUUCCUCCUUGUUGCUAAGUUAAACUGGGAUCCUUUUUCUUACGCUUAUAGGGCGUUGGAUAGAAUUACAUUUUUUAAUGUCUAUUUAUUAUGUUGUUUUUCCAGAUUACCCAAGCCAAUGUUGGGAGCAAGAAAUUACAGGCAUUCCAGUUUUACAAAUACAUCAAAACGUCUUUGGGGAUCAUAAUCACACGGUUGGGGAAAAUAAACAAAUACGGUGCGUUGCAAAAGUAUUCAUACUCCUUGACCAUUCCACUACAUAUAUUUACAUUCAUCUAAUUCAUUCAAUGUUCAUGAUUGUUGUUCUGUUGGACGGUAAACCUCAACCACAGUCUCACGUCUUUUGAACCGUUGGGAUUUUCCUGAAAUUUUCUCCGUCAGUGUUCUCAUGAACUUUUGUACUAGCUUUAGUAAAAGUUAUAGUUUGGUUAAAAAUAAACCGCGAUUGGUAUGAAUACUUUUGCAAGGCAGUGAACUCCAUAGUUUAGAUACUUGGAACAGACACACUAACUGGCCACUAAGUCCAGAUAUCAAAGUGAACAUAUUGACACGCCCAUACAGCUUUCUUUCUUACUAAUAAAGCUCGUUGAAUUGGUUACAACAAACUUGGAAUCUCUUUCAGGAUUUUUAAAAUGUUAUUUAAACAUGUAUUUUUUUUUGCUUAAUCAGCAAAAUAUGACUUUUAGUAUUUAAAUAUCUAAAGCAUUGCAACUUUUAACUUAUUUGAAAUAGAUCCAUAAAUUGAUUUUCUAUAUAAAUAAAUGAAGUUGACUGUAAGAUGGACUACAGAGUUCAUUUUCCUGUAACAGCUGGACAAAAGGGGCAGCAGAAGUCAACACUAACAGAACUGCAAAGUCACAAAGACUGGUUGUUCAGCCCUGCAAACAGAAGAAAUCUGAUCUUGGACAAAACAUAAAAAUAUACUCUAAAGGAUUUUAUACACGUAUCUUGAGUCCAUUACCUUGCCAUCUCCUUUUUUUAUAUUGGAUUUGCUAUUCAAAUGGCCUGUUGGAUUAUGUCACUCUAAAACCAGACUCUCUAAAACACACAAACUUCCUUUAUAUAGGAAGUUUGUUUUCUUCAUUAAUGUACUGUAACCUGGUAAAGCGACAAGAGGCUAACAACUGUAGCCGGAUGUAGCAUAGAUUGCACAUCUGGCAUUUUUAAAAUACAAAGUCAUUUUUCUGGAAUAUGUACUAUUUUACUUUUUAAUUGACGUUCUGCUGAUCUGUUAAGUCUCUGUUUUGAUAUGAUGGUGCUACUUGGUGUGCAGCCUUCUGUGGACUUUAACAGAGAACCUACCCAUCUUGUGUGUGCACACAGUUUAAUGACUCAGCAGUUUAAAAGUAGGGCAUUACAGAAAGUACAUGUACUUAAAUAACAUGCUGAGGAAAACCCACAGUCUCUGUGCUACUGUCUGUCUCGGUUUUAGCCCUCAUUUUGGGCACAAAACCAACUGCAUAAAACCAGCUGCUGCCUCUCCAGCCACUGACAGGGACACGGCUCACCUAGACGGUCUGAGUUCUGGCCACGAUUUUAUGACUGUACUUGAUGUCUGACUGCUUUACCAGCCAAACAAUGUUUCAACGGUUUCCUAAAAGGUCAUUUAUUAUUCCUUUUUCAUAUUUCACUUUCUUAAAAGCGUUUGCGUUUUCCUGCACGACAAUUAUCUGAUGCUAUAAUUUAAUCUCGACAAGAAAACACAAUAAAUAUGACUUGAAUAUUUUAUGCUUUCAUUUUCAAUUGAGCUAUUGAACCAUUUUAGGAAAAAACGCCUUGGUUUUGUUGCAAAUCUCCAAGCUUAACUUUCAACAAGCUAGCGCAUUUAGCUGAGAUGUUCAUCUAGCAAAGCCGUCAUUCUCACUGCCGCCACAUUUCUUCCUGAUUGUUAUUUAAAGCAAAUUCUUGUUGAAAUAUAUUAAAAUAUUAUAUUCUACUGUACGAAUCUGACCAAAAUAUUUUAACAAUAGGGCAGACUGUUCCUUCAGUGCUGAUUUACAUUAAGAUAUUUAGCAGUUUUCUAGAACCCAAAAUAAACUCAAAGGGCUUUCUGUAAUUUGAAAAUGUUUGUUUUAAUGAAAUUUUUCAUAACAAUACGAUUCAAAGUAUUGCACCUGUUUGUCCCACUGUUAAAGAGUUAUCCAGAAAUGAUCAUUUUUGACUUUGCAAGCUGUUAACUUUAGCUUAUUGCUAGAUGCUCAUAGAAAAACAGUUCUAUUACAUGUCAGUAUAGUUUUCUGGUCCUUUUAUCAGACCAUAUUUGAACUAUUGGAGGCACAAGUUAAUUUUAAAGAAGUCAAUGACACUAUGCUUCAUUAAGCCAAUAAUUGGAGGACUAAUAUUAAACAUUCAAACAUAUAUAAACAGUUAGAACGCUAACAAGACAGCCACAAUUAUUAAACCACCAAAAAGGUUUACCAGUAAUUUUUUUUAAAAAACAUUUCUGCCUGCAGUUAAAACCCUAAAAGAAAUAGAAGACAUUAAACAGACUGCAUCACAAAGUUUAGUGGUCAUCUUUAUGUACUAUCUACUGUCUAAAAAGAUUGUUUCUAACAGUUUCAUUCCCCAGGCUACAAAAACCCAAACGGAUUGGCGUACAGAAGAUUUCCAAACCAUGUUCAAAUAAGAACCUGUGUUUUUCAAUCUUUCCUUUGAAUUUAUAUCUGAAACUCUGUGUGCUACCAACAAAACAGGGUUGUGCUUAAAAUAUUAGCAUGAUUGGCUUUAUACACUGCGAACCAAUAAACAGCUCGCUGUGGCAGGGAUUUAUGGGAUAUUUGUUGUGCUGUUCCAAAUAAAAAGUGAUUUUAUAACAUGAAUCCUAUAUUGUAAUUUUAAACUAUAUUUCUGAUUGUCUGCACAAAAGUAAAAGUGGACAGUUUACAGAAUUUUGUUCUACCUCUUAGACUGUAGACUAAAAUCAACACAAACACAAAAUUCAUGUAAAUCAGCCAGAAAAUGUUUUCCGUUGAAACUCAUGCAAUCUCUACAUUUUAUUUUCAACGUCAUUUUGUCAACAAGAUGGUCACUUUAGUGCCUUUCCUCUACAAAAGUGUCUUGUUUUUACUAGAACAUUUUCCUUUAUCUUCAUAGAUUCCAUUGGAAAAAAAGCACCACAUCUUAGUCCAAAUAUUCAGAUAAGAUACAUGUCGAAUUAAAUCUAAAAGUUGGAGUAUUUUGCGCAAUUAAUAAGGGAUUUAUGAGAUGAGAACUAAAGUGAACCCUUAGAUAUUAAUAUUUUGAUUUAUCAGAUUUCCAAACGAGUCAAAAUUAAGAACAAUAGGACUUUUUAUUUUCAAAGAAUGUCUGUAGCCUGCACUGUUUUUUUUUUAUGUGAAUAGGUCUAAAUUUAAGAAGGUAUCGUAAUAUGAAGAAUCAAACACAUGAUGAGAAAAGUUAAUUCGUUAUUGUUAUUUCAUUUUUGGUGUCUUCGAAAGAAGAAUGCAAACAUGCUGGACACAUACUUGUUUGAUUUGAGGCAGAAUGAUAUGCAUAUAAUGACUCUGAUUAUUUCUAAACUGCAUUACAACAUAGAAUGUGGCUUGGUAGAGGUGGAUAUCCGUCUCUCCCUAGUUCCUACAUUGUAUUUCACCCAUUAACUAAAACAUUUUUAGUUAAUGUUUUAACUAAAAACAUCACCAGCCAUUGACUUUUUUAAAGGCUCUGUGGUAUCAACCAUUUCCUGUAUCCAUUUUUAGAUAAGCCUCGUAAAUCAACAUGAAUAUUUCCAUCCUUUUGUAAUGUUUCCAUACCACUAAUUAGAUUAUUACAUGCUGGGAUUAUGUAAAUGAUUCUUAGCUGUUCAUAAUGGUAGCUAAGGUAUUACUUAAGGACAGUCUGUAUAUUAGCUUUAUUAACAUACUAUUAUCUCUUUUUUUAACAGUGCUUGAUUAAUAAAAAGAGAACAUUUUAAACGAGUACUUGGUAAAGAAUUCCCACCCACAUUUUAAAUCCACAGGAAAGUGAAACGGUUUGUUCCCUGCCCUUCAGUUUCCAUGAGAAUAGCUGAAUGUCAACAGCUGAUCUGAUCCUGGUCGCUGUGGAAAUAUGUAGCUCUCUCCCUCUUUAGAUGGCACUUGACCAUUUUCAUGUAUAUAGUUGCAUUUUGAAGAUGACUGACGGAAAAACAAUGAAAUAAAAUAAAACAAUAACAAACAUUGAAAGAUGUAAGAAAAAGACGUACAAAUGGAUUUUUGAAAGUAUUUUUCCUUUUCCAACCAUGGUAGCUUGUAAAAUAAGAUGAAACUGCCUCCUGUUUGUCAUAGAAAUCACAAAUAAACGUGUCAUGGAUUUUGAUGUGGUUUGUGGUCUCUGCCUUUUUGCUUCCUCUCUGCUCUGCGUUGGAUCAGACUGAGGUUCUCUUGAAUAAUGCAAUGUCUACAUUAGCAAGAAGCCUCCCCAAUGAUGUGGUCAGAGAUGAUUGUGAUACACACACACAGAGUCUGAUGUAUGUCGAACUUAUUUGUUUUCCAACUGAGCUCCAGUUUCUCACAAGAAAAAGGAAACAACAAAUUGAGCACACAGUGUACAAAUAAAAAUAAA